CUCACCUGCACCCCAGGUGAGCCGCAGGGGCGGGAGGAAGGGGGCCAGGGGGAGGGGCCGAGCCGGAGGCUCUCACCUGGCGGGACAGGUGCCUGGCUGCAGCAAACCAUGUAAUGAGCCAUGCCCCGCCCUGGACAUCCACGCCCAUCAUCUGGGCCCCCACGCUUGGGACCCUGGGAGCGGCCAUCAGAGCUAUGCCUAGAGACCUAUGAUGAACCAUCUCAGCCCCCACCAAGCCGCCGCACCCGUAGGCCAGACCCCAAGGAUCCUGGCCACCAUGGGCCCGAGAGCCUUACCUUCAUCUCCAGCUCUGCUGAGCCUGCUGCAGAGCCCCCAGCUUGCUGCCUGCUCUGGCGACCCUGGGUGUGGGACUGGUGCCUGGCUGCCUUCUGCUUCCGCCGCUGCCGGGAUUGCCUCCAGCGCUGUGGAGCCUGUGUGCGGGGCUGCAGCCCCUGCUUGUCCACCGGGGACUCCCCUGAGGGGGCUGUGGAAGUCAACUGGGCCAAGGAGCACAAUGGAGUGCCUCCCAGUCCUGACCGUCCACCCUCCGGCCGGCGGGAUGGCCAGCGGCUCAAAUCACCCAUGGGGAGCAGCUUCAGCUACCCUGACGUCAAGCUCAAAGGCAUCCCUGUAUAUCCCUACCGCAGUACCACCGCUCCAGCCCCUGAUGCGGACUCCUGCUGCAAGGAGCCGCUGGCCGGGCCCCCACCCAUGCGGCACAGCCUACCCAGCACCCUUGCCAGCAGCCCCCGUGGUUCUGAGGAGUACUACUCCUUCCACGAGUCGGACCUGGACCUGCCUGAGAUGGGCAGUGGCUCCAUGUCAAGCCGAGAGAUCGAUGUGCUUAUUUUCAAGAAGCUGACAGAGUUGUUCAGCGUACACCAGAUCGACGAGCUGGCCAAGUGCACGUCAGACACUGUGUUCCUGGAGAAGACCAGUAAGAUCUCAGACCUCAUCAGCAGCAUCACGCAGGACUACCACUUGGAUGAGCAGGAUGCUGAGGGCCGCCUGGUACGCGGCAUCAUUCGCAUCAGUACCCGAAAGAGCCGCACCCGACCACAGACCACAGAGGCGCGCUCCACCCGGGCUGCUGCCCCUGCCACCACGGCCCCUGACAGUGGCCAUGAGACCAUGGUGGGCUCUGGGCUCAGCCAGGAUGAACUCACAGUGCAGAUCUCCCAGGAGACAACUGCAGAUGCCAUCGCCAGGAAGCUGAGGCCUUUUGGACCCCCAGGGUACCCCGCCAGCCACGACUCGUCCUUCCAGGGCACCGACACGGACUCCUCAGGGGCACCCCUGCUCCAGGUGUACUGCUAACCCCAGCGGGGCCCAGUGGCUACAACCAACCUCUUUGGAGAGCAGCACAGCCUGCAGAAUGAAAAGGGGGACCAGGACCCCCUUGGGGGUGGCAGUGCCCACUCUGGCUCCUCCACCCUUGGUUCCUGGAACGCGUGCACUUCACUGGGCCAUGGUGCCCACAUUCCCCUGGGUCCCUGGCUGGCCUGACCCGUCCUUUCUGCCUCUGGCCUUCAGGCAGCCUGGGCCAUGGAAAGCAAAAACUUAAUUACCUUAUGGGAUUGAAUCCCAGCCCCAUGCCUAAAACCUGCCCCCCAAUCAUGCACCCCUCCCUUUUCCCACAGCAGGUGGGAGAGGGUGACGGCUACAAGCAGCUUGUCUUUAAUGGAUUGGGUUGCGGGGCAGGAAAGUCUCCGUCGAUUUCUGUGGGCAGUGCCUACUCCGUUAUAUUCUGUUGAACAGUUGUUUCCACUACAUGUAUCGUGACCAUAGUUAAAAGUACAAAGGAAAUAAAGAUGUCUGUCUUGU